AUCGCGUAUCGUGUUCGUACCGGAAAGUUAGUGGAAAUUGGAAGUUCAGCUUUGUUUUUUGCUUCAUGAUGUGUUUUUCGUUCGCCUUGCUGGUGGGCCAUUUUCUCGAUACUGCUAUCCACUGCACGUGAAGUUGCAAAGUCUUCAUGCGUUUUACGAAAUCGUCGUUUGUGAAGUAAAGAAAUAAGUUGUGUAUAUUGUAAAGUGUUUGAAAGUGACGCAGGCGGAAGCAAACCUUUUCCGCGUAUUGCCGAAAGAAGCGGAUCGUGAUCGAUUCUGUCGCGGUGGAACGACCGGAAACCGUUGACCGAACCGGAAGUGCGCAGACCAACAGGGAGACCAGCAGUAGCAGCAGCGCAGAAUCUGAAUCCGUCCAACGGUACACAACAAAAUCGGCAUCAUGCCAGAUGAUGAUAAGGAAUCGUCUGUACGGGUGGCCGUCAGAAUUCGUCCACAGAUACCGCGUGAGCUUAUCGACUUCUGCCGGGUGUGCACCCGGGUCGAGCCUGACGAGCCACAGGUUACCCUCGGAUCAGAUAAGGCCUUUACCUUUGACUAUGUUUUUGAUAUGGACACCACACAGGUCUCGGUGUACAACAAAUGCAUUGAAAAGCUAGUAGAUGGCGCAUUGAAGGGUUUCAAUGCGACGGUGUUGGCUUACGGUCAGACUGGAUCUGGAAAAACAUACACGAUGGGCACUGGAUUCGAACGGUCACUACCGGACGCUCAGGAAGGGAUCAUUCCAAGGGCGGUGAGGCAUCUCUUCGAAGGCAUCUCCCAGCUUCAGGAAAACCCAUACGAUGAGGAUGGUACUUAUCUCGGAGCGGUAACAUUCAGUGUGGCAGCUCAGUUUAUGGAGCUCUACAAUGAAGAGAUUAUAGAUUUGCUAGAUCCAUACAAUAAGGAUGGUCGAGGGUUUAAAAUAUUCGAAGAUACUACCGGUGGUAUUUCGGUUGCGGGCGCAACAUUAAAGCCCCUCACGGGGCCACAGGAAGCGCUAAACUGCUUGCAGCAAGGUGCCCUCGCCCGUACGACAGCCUCCACGCAGAUGAACGAACAAUCGUCCCGCAGCCACGCACUGUUUACCAUCCUCAUCCGGAGGCAGCGGGUCAUGACACCGGAGCAGUGCGGCAACGUGGACGGCGAUACGGAGACGCUCACGUCCAAAUUUCACUUCGUCGAUCUGGCUGGCUCGGAGCGAUUGAAGCGCACGGGAGCGACGGGCGAACGGGCCCGCGAAGGAAUCUCCAUCAACUGCGGCCUGUUAGCGUUAGGAAAUGUGAUAUCUGCCCUAGGUGAUAAGACGAAGAAGGUGUCCCACGUGCCGUACCGGGACUCGAAACUGACCCGAUUGCUGCAGGAUUCGCUCGGAGGUAAUAGCCAAACCAUAAUGAUAGCCUGCGUUUCGCCAAGCGAUCGGGACUUCAUGGAGACGCUCAACACGCUCAAGUACGCAAACCGGGCGCGAAACAUCAAAAACAAAGUGCAAAUUAAUCAGGAUCAAAGCUCGCGAACUAUUUCCUUGCUGCGCCGAGAGAUUGCUAGUUUGCAGCGAGAGAUCCUCGAUUACAAACAGGGCAAACGGAGCGUCGAUGCAGAGGGCAAUGAAACUAUAUCCGAUGUCUCACUGGAAAAUGCCAUCCUUAUGCAGGACAAUGAAAGAUUACGGCAGCGCGUGCGUGCGAUGCAGGAAACAAUCGAUGCUCUGACGAGCCAGAACGCACGCAUGCAGUCGGAGCAGGCGCUCGCUCAAAUGCGGCUUGGCAGUAACGGUGGCGAAGCAAGUGCCACCGAGUCGGAUACGCAUGGCUCCGGCGACCCGAUAACCGCUUUCGGCAACGAGGGUGGAAAAGAUACGGGAAUGGAAGGGCUCAUACACGGUUAUAUCAGUGAAAUCGAAAAAUUGAAGGCCAAGCUGAUCGAGUCCGAACAAAUGUUCAAACAGUUGAAGCUCGUUAAGGCUUCCCAGUCCAAGCUGGGCAAGGACGUUACCCCCUUCAUUGAGGACAACAAGGAGAAGAUAAUCAACAUGUUUAAGCGCGAGCUGGAACGAGAACAGGAAUCGCACAUGACCCGGUCGCUGCCGGGGCUGGAAAAUGAUCCGAGCAGUGCGUGCCUGGAACAGGAUUCGGACAGUGAGUCGGACACCGAGUCUGAUGACAAGACAGACGAGUUGCGGGCGGAGAUGUGUGACGUCAACACUGGCAUUGAGUUGAAAAUGCAACUCAUCGAGCGGUUGGAAGAAUCCCAGCAGCGCAUGCUGAUCAUGCGCCAACAGUAUGAGAAACAGCUAAACAUGAUGAAGGAAAGAAUCACCGUUACGGAACGUGAGCGGGAUCAAAUAUUGGCAAACAUGGCGCAUGGUGGUGGUACCGGUAACAACAGAACAUCAGCAAAUGCCUCGACAAACGACAACGCGAUUCGGCGAGUCAAAGAGGACUACGAGCGGAAGCUGGCCGAGUUGAAGCGUCAGCUGAAUCAAAUGCAGUCCGCCAACAAGGAGCACUUGCGCAUGCAGCGGACGAUGCAAACACAAGAUGCUCGAAUAAAAACGCUCCGGCAGGAGUUGACCGAACUGAAGCAAGUUAAAACGCGUCUCAUGAAAAAGAUAUCGGAAGAAAAUAAUCGCCACAAGGAGCAAGACAGUCGGAAGACCCGUGAAAUCGCUCAGCUGCGGAAGGAAAGCCGGAAACAGGUUAACAUGAUCAAAUCACUGCAGGCGCAGGGUGCUGCCAAAGAUCAGGUGUUGAAGCGCAAAACGGAGGAGGUGUCCAAUCUUCGGAAGUCUCAGCGCGGUGUGAUGAGUCUGAAGGCGUCCGGGCGGGUGGCCCCGAAGACGUCGUACGGUCGGGUCGUGCUUAGCGGUACGAAGCAUUUCCAGGCCCACUGGUCAGCAAUGCAGCGUGCUAUCAUGAACGCGGCACGCGCCCGCCAGACGGUAAUGGAACUCGAGCGUGAGCUGGAGCGCGUCAUCCAGGAGCGGAACGCGCUGAGCCGCGAAAUAGCAAACGUUCGUAUUCGUAAAAAUGCCAAUGGGGAGUCGCAGGCGCUGCAAGAUCUGAUCUCGGAGGAAGACACCAUGAUCGCCAACCUGAAUUACUUGCACGAUACGGUUACGCAAUUACAGGAGACCAUCCUGCAGGUGGAGGAUGGCAAGGAUUUGUCUACCGAGCACACCCUGUUGCAGAACCUCACCGAUAAAAUUGACUCGCUCGAUGAGGCCCGGUUUUUGCUGAUGCGACUGUGCGGCGUCACCGUUGGGCAUGUUUGCGAGGCGGGUCUAGCGCAAGCGAAGCUUUCCGAGCGGGAGGCUCUGAUGAUGCAGUUACAGCAGGACACGUCGAUGCACCAACAGCUGCUGCAGUACAUGCUUGUUAAGGAGCCCGCAGCUGCGACUUCGGAUGCCAGUUUUAGCUCGGCCCAGUCGGCUAACUCGUACGUUCAAUUGGGCAUUGAAAGAAACAGCGAGAUGGAACAGCAGCAGGGAGGAUCGGCGUCGCAGCAUCGGCUGCCGCAUGUUGUUGACUCUACGACACGUAGUCCAUCGCCGAGCACUAGCCACACAGAACUCGAUAACAUUGUCACCUACAGGAACUCCUCGAGGCAACGACGAAAUCCCGCUGUGGUGCCGUCGGUGGCUACCAUUCAGGACCUACUGUACGGCAGCAGCUCCAGCUACGUCGGUCCCGCCGGACACGAAGGUGGUGGCGGAGGACCCGGUGGUGGUGGUGGUGGUGGUAGUGGCUUCGAUCGCAACACCACCGCGGCCUCAUCACACCAUGCCAACGGAGGCGGGGGCGGCAGUAAGCUCGAGAAAGUGGGUAUUUGUAUUUAUCUCGAGGAUUCCGCAGAUGACGAUGACACGAAGCACCAACCCCCCUCUCUGCAGGACCGGCACUCGGACAUUAUGACCCGCUCGUACACGAUACUGGGUGGGGCGACGGAUCCCGUCGCGGCCGCCAAUGCCGGGCUUCCGACCGCACCGCCGGUGGUUGCGACCCCCGCAUCCGCCAGAACGUUUGUACCGCUUUCACGUGUUCCCAGUGCACCGGGCUCGCUAAAAGGGCUACAGCCACACCCGAACAUAUCGCGCCAGAAUAGCACUGCAUCGCCGCUGCUUUCCCGGAAGUCGUUCGAAACGAGCGGCGGAGCUCCAUCGUCCCCCAGGAUCAGUCGGAGGCCGUUCCCCAGCAAGGUGUCUCCGGGAAUAGAGGACUCGAACGAUGUGCCGACGUCACCACCCGUCUACCGUCGUGGGAUCUCACGUGAGGAUGGCGAUGUGUUUUCGCGCCUUGGCGCAGGAACGCAGGAUCCGCUUCCCGGGGGAAACAUUAAGGAGUUAAACGCAAGGUACAAAGCUGGAACUCCGCUGAUUUGCACGCACGUGGUCGAUGGGCAUACGAAUUCCGUGCUGUCAAUUAAGGUGUGCAAUCAGAUGCUAUUCACGGCUGCCGCCGAUCGGACGGUAAAGGUUUGGGAUUUGCGUUCAAACUCGACGCCACAGUGUCUGACCGGUCAUUUGGGCCCGGUAGCAGCCGUCGAGUACGACCAGGCGAACAAACUGCUCUUCUCGGCUUCGGGAGCUUUCAUCAAGGUGUGGGAUCUACGAAGCAGUAACAUUCGUCCUAUCAUUACCUUAUGUUCUUCCGGCACAACCCUGCCAGCGAACGCCACCCUCUCGGAUCUGGUGCCGGGCGAAAGUUCCAUUACGGCGCUCACGAUGGGUCCGUCCGGAAAGCUUUACACCGCCGCCUCGGAUAAGGUGCGUUUCUGGGAUUUGCGUCAGUUUGCUUGCCUUGGCCGACUGUCCGGUGGACAUCAGGCCGCCGUAAUGUGUCUCACCGCCUGGGAGGGUCCGAACAAUACCGAUCUGGUGGCAACCGGCUCGAAGGAUCACUACGUCAAGGUGUUCGAGGUGAACUCGGGCGGGGGUGUGGUACAGCCCCUGCUGCAUCUAGAACCGCCCCACUACGAUGGUGUGCAGGCGUUGGCCGUCGCAAACGAUGCGAUCGGGGUCGAUGCGGAGCUGUUUUCCGGGAGUCGCGAUUCCGGCAUCAAAAGGUGGGACCUGCGCAACGGCGAGCUCAAGCAGUCGCUCAACAACGCCCACAAGGGCUGGGUGUCCGGGAUGGCUAUCUACGGUGAUAUACUGCUGUCUAGCUGCCGCGGUGGCGUUGUGCGCCUUUGGAACAUUAAAACUUGCGACAGUCUGGCCGAAAUGAAGACGGAACAGUCGAUCAAUGAUAUCGUGACGAGUGAGAAUCGUGUCUUUACCGCGUCCAAUUCCGGUGAGGUACGAAUCUGGCGGUUUGUAACCACCGAGUUGGACUCACUUAUUGCAUCGACCGCCGGUGCGGGGUCCGUUGCCGCUAGUGGCGCCACUGCCAAUGCAGGUGCAGCAGCUUCUAGUGCUAACAGUAGUAGUGGUGGUGGUGGUGGUGGUGUUGGUGGCGGAGUUGGUUGCAAAGCGAAACGCUAA